AAUGGAAAGACUCUAAAGGAGCGCUCUGCGUCCUGAAGACGUCUAAAGUCAGUGCGCAUGCGUGAUCUACGCAGCGCUUUCUAUGAAGGAGAACGUCAGAAAUUACAGAUUUUUUUGUUUUUACUUUUACAACGUGUAGAAUCGAGUCUGUUUUAUUUGUAUAGUACGACAUUUCAAGUGACGAUGAUUUCUUUUUUUUUUUUUAAUCCAGCUGACUGACGAAGCAGGAAGACAUCUAUAKACAACCAGGAGGAGCACAACCAGGAAGUGCUCCUCCAGCUGUAUCCAGCGGUGUGUAAUGAAACUCCUAGGGACCAGCUUGGGGAAAGUGAGCUGGCGUUUAGCUGCUAUAAUUCUUGUAAUUGCUGCUGUCUUCAGUUAUUUCGACGACGGUCCUUCGGUGAAAUAUACGAGCAUGGCUGAGGACUUGAAGAGUCUGGAGGAGACCUUCAGGCACCAGAACAAGAGCUGCUUUGUUCUCGGUGCUUCUGGAGAAACGGGCAGGGUGCUGCUCCAGGAGCUGCUGGAGCGAAACCUCUUCUCCAAGAUCACCCUGAUCGGACGCAGGCAGCUGAGCUUUGAAGACAAAGCGUUUGGAAACCUGGUGCAGGAGGUGGUGGACUUUGAAAAGCUUGAAGACUAUGCUGCUGCCUUCAAGGGUCAUGAUGUGGGCUACUGCUGCCUGGGAACAACCAGAGCAAAAGCAGGAGCUGAUGGGUUUGUCAGAGUGGACCAUGACUAUGUUGUGAAAUCUGCUGAACUUGCCAAGGCUGGAGGCUGCUCUCAGUUCCACCUGGAGUCCUCCAGAGGAGCAGAUAAAAACAGCAACUUCCUCUACCUCAAAGUCAAGGGACAAGUGGAAGCAGAAAUUGAGGCACUUGGUUUUGACAGGUUUUCCAUUUACAGACCAGGGGUUUUGUUGGUGGACAGACAGGAGAGUCGACCUGGCGAGUGGGUUAUUCGCAAGUUCUUCGGCGCCGUCUCUGCUGUCUGCUCCACUUCCAUGGCCAUCCCUGUUCAGGUGGUGGCGAAAGCGAUCGUGUCCAACACCGUGCUUCAGCCUGAGCUCAAGACUGAGAUCCUGGAGAACAAGGACAUUGCCAGUCUGGGAAAAAGUAAAGGGAAAUGAAUCAGAAUAAACUGCACUGAGGUAAACAAAUAAAGAAAUAAAUAUAUGAAUGAUAUAAAUAUAAGAUUCAUUAAAUAGCAAUGAAAUGCCACCAAUGACCAGGCACAUCACAAAAAGCUUAAUUUUUACGUCACUGUUUGACAAAUGGUAGAUUUAAAGUUAUUGAUGACAUCUAUAAAAUGUGCAGAUUAUGUUUGAGCACAUUUUACUCCUCUGACAUAUUUUGUUUUUCCAAGUUUUUUUUGCAGGUUUACAGAGGUAACAUACUGAAUACAGUUGCCAUCACUUUAGAAUAUUUUCACAGUACUUUAAAUGUAACAUUCAUGUAUUUAUGGCUAUGUCCAAAGUAUUGUUUAUAAAAUGUAGACUUUUUAAAGGAAAACACAAACCAAAAAAAAAAACAUAUUUAAUGAUCAUUUUUGUUUGAUUUUUUCAUCUGGCAAGUACAACAGCCUUAUUUUAUUUUAUUUUCUUUUCAUAAUUUGUGCUCUGACACUAAACCAUUGCCUUAAUGUGAAUGCUACGUUGGACAUUGAUGUGAGCUUGUUUUCAAAAAUGUUCAAUAAAUUAUAUUAGUGUGUGUCUGUC